AUGGACGUGCACGGCGUCGAGUCGACGUUCCGCCACAUCUACCGGAGCACCCCGCGCCGGCACCUGCUCACCACCGGCUGGAGCAACUUCGUCAACAACAAGAAGCUCCUGACCGGCGACUCCUGUCGUCUUCGUGCGCGAAGAGGACGGCAACUGGCGGCCGCCGGGCAGCCGUUCGAGGUGGUUCACUAUCCGCGUGCAAGCGCGUCAGAGUUCUGCGUGCGUGUGGACGCCGUCAAGGAGUCCAUGCUGGUACCCUGUGCCCCGGCCUGCAGUUCAAGAUGGCGUUUGAGACGGAGGACCUGUCGCGGAUCAGCUGGUUCAUGGGUACCAUCGCUGGUGUCGAGGCGGCCAAUCCCACAUGGUGGCCACAUUCGCCCUGGCGACUCCUUCGGGAUCACCACCAACUCGAAGAUUGGCAGCCCAACGCCCCGCUCUCCAUCACCUGAGGCCAAGAAAGGCGACGACGUCAAGCCACCGGGGAUAAUGUUCUUCGGACGGGCGAUACUGACCGAGGAGCAGAUGAAAAGCAGCAACGGCUCUGGUGUCCCGACCUCGCCGCGAGCCACCAGGAGCGGCUCGUCCGAGCCCGACUGCGACGACGAGAAAGCGUCUAACAUGUCUGAUCGAUCUGGCUCCAACGUCACCAAUGGAUGUCCUGCCAAGAAGAAUUCGCCCUCCUGGAGAUUGUGGUGGUCUGGAGAGUGGAGACAGUUCACCAUCUGA